UGUAAUUCCACAGGGGAGGUACCAUUAAAACACCUGCAUUUUCAUGGUACUGUACCAUGUACAUGGCCUGAGUUAAUUGAAGUUGUGGCUGAACAGAAACGUGGAGCCUAUGCAGUCAAAGGUGUCCGUAAAUAUGACAGGAGAGUCAAGGAGCUCACCUACCAGACUGAGGAGGACAAGAAGAAUGUCCACAGACUGCAGGACCUGGUGAACAAGCUGAAGCUGAAAGUGAAAUCCUACAAGAGGCAGGCUGAGGAAGCUGAGGAACAAGCCAACACUCACCUGUUCAGGUACAGGAAGGUGCAGCAUGAGAUGGAGGAAGCUCAGGAGCGUGCCGACAUCGCUGAGUCCCAGGUCAACAAGCUGAGAGCCAAGAGCCAUGAGAUGGGCAAGGUAGGUUACCAUUCGAAAGGAUUCAUUUAAAUGAGUCACUGUAUGUGAAAUCCAUUGUCAUUUUACACAAUGAAAAUGAUUACUAAGAGGUUCUAAAUGUAUUGUUAAUUUAGGGGAAAGAAGCUGCAGAAAGUGGAGGAAACCCAAAAGAGACAGGAACAAGCACUCAAACAAUAACAAUAUGAACUUCUUGUGAAAUUUUCUUUUGUUAGCUGUAAGCGCACAAACUUAACUCAGAAGAUCCUCAACAUUUCUGGUAUUCUUAUUUUUCUCUCAACAAAUUUGUUAGGGAUCUUAUUAGAACAUUCACAGUUUUUUCCCUAUAUCAAUGUUCCAAACAAUACUGUACAUCUCCUUUUAGGUGGCUUGAUCUUUUGCAAACUAUUUGACUUUAUUCUAGCUCUUUACAUCACACUUUCCUAAGUUGUAUUCUUAGUAUUCUGCAAUAGUGCAAAAUACUUUUAUUUUUAUUAAUGCACUCAUUUCUUUUUAAUUCUCUUCUAUUUGUAUCAAUGAUAAUGAAGUUAAGGUGCAAUUGUGUAUGCUGCCUAUGGUUUUAAAUCCCAUUCAAGUUGACUUAUCAGUCUGUAAUUAUGAGGACUGAAUCUCUGUUAUACUGUUAUAAAUUUUAUCAUGACCUAUAGGAGACCAGACAGUCAGAGGAUAGUGUAUUAAAGUCAGCGAUCCAAACAGUCUAAUGGGAAAAAUAAAAUACUUUGGAAGACUUUAAUCAGUUCAGAUGUCACACCAUGUUUAUUGACAUGUUAUUUGUUGUUUGUUAAUGUCAAAAUCAGAAUAAUGCAAAUCAAACAAACAUUCAAAUAAAAAACUUCUGGAAAACUCAAAUAGCUACGAUUUUUCAGUGCACUCAGAUUCCUAAAUUGUUGUACCGCUCUGUAGAAAACUCAGGUUCUGCUUCAAAGUUCUUCAUUGACUUUCUAUUGAAGAAACA